UCAUGGAUGGAAUCGUUACAUCAUCAGAGUUCAAUAACCUAAAACAGGAUCUUCUCUCAGUACAGGAUACUAUCGGACAGAUAUUUGGAAAAAUUGGAAGCUUACAAACGAAAUCAUGGAAGUUGAGAGAAGAAAGUGGAGAUUUGCCAGUACAAUUGCUGAGUAAUAAAUGUCAGUAUUUCUCUUCAGAUCUACAUGCUACAAGAGCGAGCCACAUUAUGCUCCUUGAACUCAUUGUGGACAGGUUGGCUCUGAUGUUGCAAUCCUACAUGUACUUCUCAGACAGACUGGUGGGAAAGCCAGCCGGUAGAAUCAUUGAAAAAGCUCCUAAUCUAGGGCCCCUCUGCAAGAAGUAUUGGAAAAAAGCAAAGCUAUUGCGACAGUUUGUCACCUCCUUACAGGCUGAGAUACAGAGGAAGAGUGAAGAGCUAGUGAACAUGGGACUGACUCUGGACCAAGCAUACGAGGAAAACACCCUUCUCAAAGAUAUGGUUGUGAAACAUGGCCUUGCUGGAGGAUAUGAUACACCACAGAGAAACCAGCAGAAUUCCGGGCCUAACCAGGCACCCAAAACAGCGGGCAGUGUUCCAUGGUCUGAUUUCGGAAUGCCAGUUAAAGGUGAAGAAGAGAGUAUGGCUGACAGCGCAGUCGACAUGGUCCGAUCCUCUGCUACCAGCUUGGUAUCUCAAGUGAAGCUGCCCACUCAGAUAACAGUAAACAAUAUGAAGACGGUCUCCAAAUGGCUGAUGCAGGGAACUUCAUCCGCCGAAGCUAAAACACAAACGGUAGAAACAGCGUUUGUGGAAUGUAACGUGUGUAGCUCAAUACAGGACCUACUAGAGGUCCUGGGAAGUAAAGUUACCAUGACCUGGAACAUGUUGCUCCAGCACGCUAAACCACCUAAGAGACUGAUAAUGUCGCCCCCUCGGGAGGCUAUCAAGUGGUGUGAAUAUCAUACGACACUGAUAACAGAGGUAGACACUAAAGUAAGACAAGUACAGAAGACAUCAACAGACCUACAGCGCACGUGCGAGGAGCAGAGGAACAGGAUCCUCAACCUGGAGAGCGUUAACGCGGUGUUGAAGAGUGAGGUGGACUCGUUACAGAGUGUACACAGUGGGAGUGUUACUGAGAGUUCUAAACGGGAGGAGAUGCUCAAACAGCAGAUAUCAAAACAAGCGGUAGAGUAUCAUCACAACUUGGAACAAAGAAGAGUCGAAGAAGAAAGAUUAAAAGAGAAGAUAGCUGGGUUAGAGACAAAAUUAGCUGAUUACCAGGAUAAAUAUUUCUGUGAAGCUACAUCUAAACGUGAGAUAAUGGACCAGCUAUCAGAAGUGCGGCGGGAAGCAGAGAAAGCCAAGUUAAUGAACCAAACAUGUAGGAAACUGUCAGAGCAGAUCAGAACACUGGAGUCGGAACAUCACACUGUUCAGGAUGAACUGAACAGAUAUCAGACUAGAAACGAUCAACUCAUUAAACAGAAUAAGAUGUUGACGAUAAAGCAAGGGCAGCUGCUUUCCCAGUUGGAAGCAUUUGACCAGGAGUGUGAAAACAUGAGAGACCAGUUAGAAGCAGCACGUGACUCAACUUCAAACACCACGUGUGAGCUUUCUGACGUGGUCAAGCAAAAGGAGCAGCUUUACAAUGAAAACACACGACUACUGGAAGCGAUCGAAGUUAUACAAAGCGACAUCUCAAAUCUGACGAAAACACUAAGUAAAAAAGACAGGCAAUUGAAUGAUGCCCAGAAGAUCAUAGAGGAGGAGAGGGAGAAGGAAACUACUCUUAUCAGUUACCCUCUUCUGGUUGAGGGGGAGCGGAUACCUAAAGAAUUGAACCGAUUGGUGCAAGCAAACAAUAUCAGGAUCCUGCGACUAGAGGAACAGAAUCGGUUACUACGCGACACCUCGUUACAGCAGGAGCUGUACAACGCACAACCACCCAAAGAACAGAAACCUAACCCCCAACCUCUGUGGAGCAACAAGUGUUUUAAGGAGCUGGUUAAAAGUCAGCACGUUUUUGAGAGGGUCUUCACUCCUAUAGACUAUUACGAUGGAAUCAAGUCCCUUGUUGAUGCGCACGGAAAGGUGCGGCCAGGGAGCUGCCCUGAGGGUAAGAAAGGAGGAGGACUAUCACAGAGCCCUGACAAGGUUAUACCACCUCACAACUCACCUCUUCCUAUCAGCAAGUCUCCUCAUCCUACCAAUCCUGCCUGGAACAAAACCAAGAGGUUAAAUUACAACUGUCUUUCUUGUGGAAAAACGUUUAGUGCCGGCUCUGACUUAGAGAUACAUCAGAUUUACUGCCAGUAAAAAUGGAGAUACAUAAGAUCUUCUACCAAGAAUUAUAGGAUUACAUCAAAUCUCCUGUCAAGAACCAUGGAAAACCAUCAGAUUCACUUCCAGCAUUCGUUGAAAUAGAUCAGAUCUACUGCCAGUAACCAUGAAGAUCUACUGCCGUCUGCCAGUAACUAUGGAAACUGUCAUCACAAUUCAGAUCGUUUGCCGGUGCUAUCUAUCUUUCACCGUGGACAAUAUUAAAGGAUAAUAGGGAUUAUUGAUCUUACCAACAUCAGUUUUUACCACCAAUGGUUAAAUUAUUUCAUGUCGUUUGAUAUGGAUUUCAUUAAAGAGAAAUUUGUUAAACCUAGUACCUAUCUUGUAAAAUAUGAUAUUGUGAUGAUGUGAGAAACUCCUGGUAAAUCAGGGAUUGUAAUAUGUAGCACAACAAUUUAUCGUGUUACGAUAUGCAAGGAAUCUCUUUUUCCUACAGCUUAAUUUACACUUGUACUUAGUUUAAAUAAAAAGCAUGAUUUUAGAUUUAACGAGAUGUUAGCACUUUUCUAUUCACUCAAAAUCCCAGUGGUCGAUUAUUUUGGGUGCUAUUGAAGAUGCUUAGUUUCAAAAUUUAGUUAAAAAGGUCCAUGAUGACCCUGUGCACGAUGAAUUUGCAUGCCAUCGAAUGAGAAUUUGUAAUAAUUGGAACAGUUUGGGUUAAAUUUUGACGUGAGUUAUGAAAACUGAAUCCUGUUAAUUUGCAUUUUUGUACGUUCUUUAUUAAUUUAUAUUCACAUUAAUUGUGGUUCUUACUAGUUUUCAUAUAACCUCAAGGUUUUAGACGUAAAAAUAUUCAAUUAUAUGAAAUAUCAAAAAGGAAUUAAAAAUAAACGGUUCUCAAUUAUCACAAAUACAUCGAGCUCGCUGAGCGAAUGAAUUUCUCUGAAAUGUCACUGCGGUCUUAUCGAGCUUCUAGUUCUAUUCUCCUAUAUUGGUUCUAUUGUCCU